CUGCUGUUCCUGUAAUCGCUGCAGUAGUUGUUGCUGCUGUUGUAAUUGCCAUUGCAGUGAUUUCUGCAGUUGUGGCUGCUGUUGCUGCAGUUGUAAUUGCCAUUGCAGUGGUUUCUGCAGUAGCUGUUGCUGCUGUUCACUCCGCUGCUGCUGCCGCCAUAAUUGCAGUUGCUGCAGUUGUAAACGUUGUUGCAAUUCCUGUUGCAAAUGUUGCAUUGGCUGCUGUAUCUGUGAUUGUGAUUGUAAUGGUGACUGGGGGAUUUAAAUUGGAAUGUGAGGUUGUCAAUCCUGUAUCAACAGCAUUGAUGCUAUUAGAAGCAGUGGCAAUAGUUGCAUUAUUUGAAGCAGUGGCAAUAGUUGCAUUAUUUGAAGCAGUGGCAAUAGUUGCAUUAUUUGAAGCAGUGGCAAUA